AUGGCGACAUGGACCCUCAACUUGGGUCACUCGCCGAUACUCACUGAGCAACCAGACUUUCUCGGAAAGGAGAAGCUUCGCGAGCCAUUGACAGCGGAUGAUAGGAUGAUCUUCUGGGAACGUCUCAUGGAGAGACAUGGCCGUCAUCCAUAUCUUCUUGUACGAUACGCUCUUCCCCUCCAACUGCGCUGCCCCGGACAGGCUUUGGCAUUGCUAGAAGAGGCGCAGGCAGAAUCAGCUUUGCGCGACGUGGCAAUCAGCCCGGAGUUUGUGGCAUCCGUCGGCGACUUCAGGAGGCGAAUUGAAGGCUCGGUACAAGCGAGGGAGACGAUCCCGGACCACGCCUUCUCACAGCCAUGGGUCCCAGUCAUCCGAUUGCCCUUACCGACAGAUGACCUGCUGUGCACCGGGCAUGCUCGGGUACAGAGCGACUGGACUCAUUGCUGCCCCAAACAGUCCGAGCGCUUUCAGCGAUAUCUGCGAAGUGUCGCCAUUGAGACCAAUCACAUCGAGGGCACUUUUCUGCUCAGGCCGGAGUCAGCACGAUGCAUAAUACGAGACGGUGUCUCAACAGGACGAGUCAAUGUGGCGCCGCGCAGUGUGAUCCGAGAUCGUAAGACCAUUGCAACCAUUCUGAACGAUACGCUCUCAGCGUACGAUCUGCUGUACGACGUCAUCGAGGACCCGUCCAAGUUCACUCCGGAGAUAGUCUGCGCGGCACACCGUCGAGUGAUGCUCACUGCGCGAUUCGAGGGCCGAUACGUUCCCGCAGGCGUGACACGAUCCAUCACGCGCGACAUGGUCGGUAUCAAUAGCGGAGAGGACGGGUUCAUCCAGUGCUGUCCUCAUGAGGAGGUCGAUCAAGAAUUGUCGACCAUCUGCGAGUUGACGCGGGGUUAUCUGAGGAGUGGCCGGAUGGGCCCCUUCGCCCUUUCGACGUGGCUCCAUCUCGCGUUGGCGCGAUGCCAUCCGUUUAACGACGGCGAUGGCCGAAUCACGCGUCUCUUUGCGUCUAUACCGCUUAUCAAACACGGUUACCCGCCUAUCCUGGUGCCGAUGACGGAUAAGGCGGCCUAUUUCAAGGCGAUCAAUCAGGCGUAUAAGGGCGAUUUUGGUCCGCUCGCGGAGUGCUUCGGUAGAGGGAUGCAGGCGGGGAUCAACGUCGCGUGCGAGGAGGAUUCAUCAGCGUCUGUAGCGGACAGUACUAGUCAUGCGACAUAG